UUCUUCGUCGUUCGCGCUGUAUGAAUGUUGUUGCCUUCUGCGGUCGAGCGGGAUUUUCGUUUUCGGUCAGGAAUCGAGUCCAAUCGGAACGGAUCGGAUCGCGGUGAAUAAAAACACGUUUCGCCUAGGCACAAGAUACACUUUUGCGUAUUCCUCGCUUACCAUCUGGUAAUGGUAUUUCGGAUCUGUUGCUCUCACUCACGUCGAAUCGUCGAAUCGUCGAAUUGUGGCGCAUUUAAAUAGCUGGCGUUGUUUGUUUGUUUGCUGGCUGCCGCCACCAUAACACAGAAUACAACAAAGAAGCCAAAGGCACGAGCACGAGUAUCUCGCAGUCUCAGUAUCUUCUGAAAGCGCUCCGCAAAGUAUCUAAUGUGCGCGGGAGCGGUACAGUGAAUACGGUCUCUUCUGGCAGCGGCCAAAAAAAUAUAUAAUGCUAAUAAACCAAAAACACGUUUUAUGCCAUUUGUGUUUUGCUCUUCUCGGAAAUAGGCCCCAUCUUAAUAGAAAUCCAAAGAGCUGAAAGCUGAGUGGUACAAUCAACAUAGAACGUGUACUUCCAAUGCAGAUGCCAAUCCCCAGCGUAUUCAAUUAAAAAGCAGCAUUCAAGAUCCGCAAAUACGUAUCACAAAACUAUAAAGCAUAAAUCAAUUGAGCCAAAUGCUGAUGCCAUAUGCCAAUAGCGAUUGAAGCAAAAACUAAACGCAUUCUCAACUAAAAUCACACACAAACUAGCGCCAUGAACGAGCUGCAGGCCUCCAGUGUCCCGCUGGUGGACAAAUGCUCCUCCCACGCCGUCAUCCUGCCGGCGGCCAAGAGUCCCAACAAAGUCUCAGAUUCGGCGGCCACCACGGCACCCAAUGCCGUUCUCUACACGAGCGGGAACAUGUCCCUAUCAACGCUCUCCACGGGCAGCGGCAACGCAAAUCCGAAUCCCAAUCCGAAUCCGAGUAUCAAUCCCAGACAGGAGCCAGUGCCACUGCUCAGCCAACUGAAGCUACCCAACGACCUGAAGCAGAACAGUCACGGGUCCCAGAACAAUUUGUGCAAUGGCGGCUUGGGCAGCAACAACCAUGCUUUGGCCCCCAAGGUGGCCAACAACAGCGGUGGAAGUCCGAAUGGCCAGAAGAAGGGUACCAUCGCCUUGUCCCAUCUGCCCCAACGGCCGCCGGUGGACAUCGAGUUCUGUGAUAUAUCCUACUCAGUUACCGAUAGCCAUCGGCGCGGAUUCAAGACCAUCCUGAAGAGCGUCUCGGGCAAGUUCCGGAAUGGGGAGAUCACAGCUAUCAUGGGACCCUCAGGAGCCGGAAAGAGCACGCUGAUGAAUAUCCUGGCGGGCUACAAAACUGCCCAACUCAGCGGCUCCGUACUGAUCAACAGCAAGGAGCGGAAUCUGCGGCGCUUCCGCAAGCUCUCCUGCUACAUCAUGCAGGACGAUGUGCUGAUCGCCAAUCUGACCGUUCGCGAGGCCAUGAUGGUGGCCGCCAACCUCAAGCUGGGCAAGAACAUGAUCAGCUACGCCAAGGUGGUGGUGGUCGAAGAGAUCCUCGAGACGAUUGGCCUGAAGGAGUCGGUGAACACGCUGACGUGCAAUCUGUCUGGUGGCCAAAGGAAGCGACUGUCCAUUGCCCUCGAACUGGUCAACAAUCCACCAGUGAUGUUCUUCGACGAACCCACCUCCGGACUGGACAGCUCCACCUGCUUCCAGCUCAUAUCGCUGCUGAGAUCGUUGGCCAGAGGUGGCCGCACCAUAGUGUGUACAAUCCAUCAGCCGUCGGCGCGUCUCUUCGAGAAGUUCGAUCAUCUGUAUCUGCUGGCCCAGGGCCAGUGCGUUUACGAGGGCAGAGUGAAGGGACUGGUGCCGUACCUAUCAUCACUGGGCUACGAAUGCCCCUCAUAUCACAAUCCUGCUGACUAUGUCCUGGAGGUGGCGUCCGGGGAGUACGGAGACGCUGUUCCCAAGCUGGUGGAUGCGGUGAAGAGCGGAGCUUGCAAGAAAUACGCGCACAAGGAUUAUGUACUGACGCUGACCCAAAAGGGCUGCAACAAUGACAUUAUCAAGGGCAGUGGCAGCGGAGCGGAGAACGCGAUGGCCAUUUUGACCCUGGAGAAUGAGAAGCCGCCGUUGGAGGACAGGCAACUGGAGCCCUCUAUUCCCGUCGAGGAUCCUGCGGAGCUGAAACCACCGAAGCUAGAGACGCAGCAGUCCCAAAACUCCGAUUGCAGCGUGGUCAAUAUGCCGACUAAUGCCGUGGACGACAGUUGCAGCUUUAGCUCCUCGAAGGGCACCCAAAAUGCUGUGGGUGGUUCGGGAUCGGGAGGACCCAGUGCCGUUGUGGGCUGCAUGACCUCGCUGCUGGAUUCGCACGAGAGCGUGGUCACCCUGCCAAACAAGACGGGAUUCCCCACCAGCGGCUGGACGCAGUUCUGGAUCCUGCUCAAACGCUCAUUCCGCACCAUCCUGCGCGACAAAAUGCUGACCCACAUGCGACUCUUCUCCCACGUGAUCGUUGGAGCCAUCAUCGGUAUGAUCUACUACGAUGUAGGCAACGAGGCCAGCAAGAUCAUGAGCAACGCGGGAUGCAUCUUCUUCGUCUCCCUGUUCACCACCUUCACGGCCAUGAUGCCCACCAUUCUGACCUUUCCCACCGAAAUGUCAGUGUUCGUGAGGGAGCAUCUCAACUACUGGUACUCCCUGAAGGCCUUCUACUUUGCCAAGACCAUAGCGGACAUGCCAUUUCAGAUCGUCUUCUCCAGCGUCUAUGUCCUGGUGGUGUACUACCUAACCUCACAGCCAAUGGAAUUGGAGCGGGUCUCGAUGUUCGUGCUGAUCUGCGUGCUGAACUCUCUGGUGGCACAGUCGCUGGGACUGCUGAUCGGGGCGGGGAUGAACAUCGAGACGGGCGUAUUCCUCGGCCCCGUGACGACCAUACCCACGAUAUUGUUCUCCGGGUUCUUUGUGAACUUUGACACCAUUCCGGGCUACCUGCAGUGGGUGACCUACGUCAGCUAUGUGCGCUAUGGCUUCGAAGGUGCCAUGGUAGCCAUCUAUGGAAUGGAUCGGGCCAAGAUGCAGUGCAAUCAAAUGUACUGCCACUAUCGAGUGCCCAAGAAGUUUCUGGAGGAGAUGUCCAUGGAUAACGCUCUGUUUUGGGUGGACGCCGUCGCCCUGAUCGGAAUCUUCUUUGCCCUGCGCAUCAUCGCCUACUUCGUGUUGCGAUGGAAACUGCACAUGAUUCGCUAAGCGGACAGCUUGUGGGCUUUGUUCAUAGCUUUACCGCAUUCUUAAACUUCUCCCGUCGCGCUUUGUACGUUUAUACAGACAGACAGACAUACACACGCAUCGCAUCGGUAUCUAGAAAACGAUUCUAAAUAUAUAUCCAUGGAUAUAUAUAAACCCGUACAGUAGCUGUUCUGCAUACCACAAAAUAAUGGAAUUUACAUAGAACUAUAUAUAGAUAUUAACUAGGAGUACCCACGUAGAGCCCCACUUCAACACACACUUCAAUUGAGGUACAUAUAAUUCUUGUGACCAAGCAGAAAAGAGUCUGAACUUAAGUAGGUUGAAAACAUAACAAAUUGUAGACAAGAUCCUUUAGAGCGGAAACCGAAUCGGUGCAGAGUUUAGGACACGACUUUCUCCCAACGUUCUUCACUCCGUCCCUAAGUUGUACUCUCAAAAACACCACCUCUCUAUACUCAUCUUUUGGCAAUCGAUUUCGAAACCAGAAAGGACGCAGCGUGCAAUCAAACGGAAGUUAGGGCGAGCGUGGAAAGCGGAAACGGAAACAGAAAUCAUUCCCUUGUGAUAGAAAGCGGUGCAGUCCGGGCUGGGGAAUCCACAUCCCGGACGGGAAAGGUAGAACCAAAAAAAUCGUAGAAGGGAACCUGGCCAACUGGUGAUAUAAAGCAAUUACUAUUUUUACGGUGGGAUGCAAUCGGAUUUGUGUUAGCUGCGCGUAUUUGUGAUUAUUACAUUUUUAUUUAGUACAUGUUUAGUUUAAUUUUAUACGUCUACAUUUGUCAUGCCAAAAUAAAUGCAAUUUUCAUUUAAACAGCACGCUCUCCUUCCUUCGGAAGCCCCUCCCAAAGUAAAUUAUUUAGUAUUAGUCUUGGAUCUAAAACACAUUGGAGUGAUACACAAACUAAGUUUAACUACAGAAAUUGGUGGCAACAUAUUCAAGCUCCUUUCAAAAGGACGGUAUAGAAUUGUAAUUAUUUAUUAAGCAAUCUGUUGCAGACGCCCCUGGAAAUAUUCGUUUGAGUAUGGUGUGUUGUAUAUUUCGGUAGUUCGUAGCCCAUGUUACACUGAACAUUAACGUUAAAGAAUGGCCAUUGCUGUACACAAAACCCAUAUUAAUUACUGUCAAAAUCUGGUAGAGUAUUUUUAAUAAAGAACCCAAAACAUCAUCGAUACCUUAA